UUUGAUUCAUCCACAGUAAUUGAUGGUAGAUUCCGGCUGUAGCGAAAUUUUACUUCCAGGAACUGAAUUAAAAGGCUGCACAAGAUAUCAAGGUGAUGAGUGCAGGAGACUCAAAUCCGGCCGCCACACCCACUCCUUGUGAGGACAUUCAGGGAGAUGGACGAUGGAUGUCUUUGCACAACCGUUUUGUAUCCGACAGUAAAGACAAAGAGCCUGAUGUGCUCUUUGUGGGGGACUCUCUUGUUCAGCUCAUGCACCAGUUUGGGGUAUGGCGAGAACUCUUCUCUCCUCUCCAUGCUCUUAACUUUGGGAUCGGAGGUGAUGCCACACAGCACGUUUUGUGGAGACUGAGCAAUGGGGAAUUGGACAACAUCAGCCCAAAGGUUGUGGUACUAUGGGUAGGUACCAAUAAUCAUGGCCACUCCGCAGAACAGAUAUGUGGAGGCCUCCUGGCCAUUGUGCAAGUCAUCAAGAACAAGCUGCCCAACGCCCGCAUACUCGUGCUCGGGAUCCUCCCCAGAGGAAAGCUGCCCAACCCUCUCCGUGAACGCAACACCCAGGUGAACCAUCUUGUCGCGGAGGCUGUAUCAUCCCUUCCCCAUGCCUCAUUCUUCAGCGUGGACCCAGGCUUCGUCCACUGCAACGGUAGCAUCUCCCACCAGGACAUGUACGAUUACCUCCACCUCACCCCUCAGGCAUACCAGGCUGUUUGCCAGCCCUUACACGCCCAUCUCAAAUCCAUGCUGGACAAGCCAGCUGAGAUCUGAGGGACAAUCGCCCCAGCCAUAGAAUGCCCGCCCCCCCCCCCCGCUCGCAAACUAACACUACUUACUGCAGUGGUUCCUGGUCCUGAUUGUGGAGAGCGUCUCACAAUGAUGUUGCUGUUAAGGGCCUUGAAUAAUGGCUGAUAUUCACAUAGCCCUCUCUCCAUGGUCAGGUUUGGUGGCCACUGCUGGUUAUAAUGGGACCAUAAACCUUUUGGUGUUACAACAUGCUACAACUUGGAGUUAAAUGUGCUGCACUUAAUCCCAGAAUGUGUCUGUAUAGAAGAAUAGAACAUAGUAUCCAUCCCUACUUACCUCCCCGUUCCCAAUAACUUUUGCCUGUUUUUUUUUUAUUUUCUCUGAUGUGUUAUUGUUUGCUUUAAGUUGACCAAAUAAUCUGUUUUCACAUGACUAUACUUGCACCAUUAAUCUCACCCUUUUUUCAUUGUUUUACAUUUUGUUAUUUUAUGUUUAUGAAAAAUUGGAUUUACAGUUUUGAUUUGAAUGAGGAUUGUUUGCUGCCAAGACAAAAUGUGUGUUUGACUAGGAUGUUGGAUGUGUGUAUUAGUUGUUGAUUGUGCUACAAGUUCCUUCGACUCCCUUAAAACCAAGUGUGCUCUGUAAAAGGCUUCACAUUACUGUGUAAAUUGCUUUCAAACUCAGAUAAGGAUUGCUUUACUGAACUCUGCAAAUGUGUCAGGGGACUGCUGUUUCUGUAAUGUCACAGUGCAUUAAAAGUGGGAAAAAAAUA